UGAAAUAUGUGUCUUGCAAAAUACCAAGCGCAGUAAGCGACCAAAACGUAUUCUAUAGUAACGCGUUGUGGUCGGUUUGUUCUUCAACGCGUUGUGGUUGGCUUAUUGUUCGACCAUAACGCGUUGCGUUCGAAUUGUCUGCUCGUUACUGUAUUUGAUCUUUGGAUUUCAUUUAUUGGGGUAGUAUUUAUCAGUCAUGGACCAGAAGAAGAAACUGAUAAAGGUGACGGAGAUGUCACUGUCGGAAGUAACUAAACCGAUAAUUUUGGUUUCGCGAUUACUUGGAAUGAAUCCAAAAUCCAGCUGGUAUAAAAUUCACACCGUAUUCGUUAUGGCAAUUAAUCUAUCGGUGUUAUGCGCAGUUUGGGGAUAUUUCAUGAAACAAAAUCUUCUAAUCAUGAUGUGGGUUACCGUAUUUUUACGAGCUUUCCAGGACUUCUGCCGUCUGAUAUUAGCGUUUUUUGUUUUGGCACCUUGCCUGUGGGAUUCAAAUAGAUUUAUGAUUCCGCUGAAAGAAUUCAGAAUACUUGAUGCAGUUUUGAGAAGCUUAGGCGUAUCCAUAGACAACAAAAUCACGUACAGGGCGGAAAUGCGACACCUCAUUUACUUCUGGCUAUUACCUAUGCUGGUCUGGAUUUCGGAUCUAUCUCUGUACCUGCCACCAGUGGGUACUUCCAGGUUCAUACUAUUUCUGGGUGGUAGAUUCUUCGCGGCGCUAUCAAUUUCAAUUUGCGCCGCAGCAGACUCUUGUUUUGCUACCACACUUUUCAUCAUCAAAGAGCGUUUCAGGGUGAUGAAUUCGAUCCUACGUCGGAAUGAAAAUAAUUCUGGUCGGAACUUGAGGAUCGAAGUUAUUCGAGUUACCAGUGAAAAUAGCGAUGUCAUCGCUUUGAAGGAGCUGAAGACGUUGAGAAAACAGUAUCAUUUCUUAUGGAAGAUCAUAAAACAGGUGAAUAUGUCCUAUGGUCCUCACUUACUCGUGGCAGCAACAGUUUCAUUAGCAAUGAUAACUGUUAAAUUAUGGGAAUGCUAUUUUGCUCUAACAAUUUCUACCCGCCACGGCACCAAUUUAACUGUGCUUCAUGAUAUCGCCGGGAAAACCGUCUGGGCAAUUUUUUACUUUCUAAGAUUGUUCUGGUUAGCAAAAACAUGCGAGUCAAUGAUUGCCGAGGCGAAAAUUACCAUCGGUGUGGUCCAAGUUUCAGGAAUAAAAGCGGACCAUCGUUCGCCAACAAAGAGUGAGGUUCGCAUUUUUCAGUUCAUUGUUAAACACUCAUCAUUUCUUCCGUUCCAAAUUACCGUUAGAUUUGGCAUUGGAAUCCUCGACUUGCUUUUGUAUGAUAAAUUUUCUAGCUUUGCAACGGUUUGUUCACAGAUUCGAGAUUUUUUGGUACAGCUAAAAAUGGAAGUCCAGAAUUUCUCGGCUUGCAGGUUCUUCGAUUUUAACUUCAGAUUAAUCUGUGGUGUGAGUAAUAUAUCCACCAUCAAUUGCCACUAUAUUUUAUUGACAAGUAACAUCAACGUACGAUUUGUUUCCUCAGAUGGUAAGUGCGGUCUGUACAUAUCUUGUGAUUCUGAUACAAAUGGGUGGAUCUAAUGCUCGUCGAUUAGCUGCAAUUGAGGCAAACAACAGCGCAGUAUAAUUCAGAAA